AUGUCUCUACUGGCCCUACGCAACGCAAGUAUUAUAACGGAUGAGAAUACAGACCCACGGGAAUCUGCUCACUGGAGUGCGAAGAACACUCUAGCCAUCGCCAUUGUUUUCAUGGUAGUAGCCACGAUUGCAUUUCUCCUUCGACUUUACAGCCGACAGAAGACGGUCUGGAGGGUGGCCCUCGAAGACGUGCUGAUCGGCAUCGGCCUAACUUUUUCGUAUCUGCUCAGCGCAUGCGUAAUAAUUGGUGUUCUGGAUCGGGUAAAAGUUUUGGGUCCUCUCUCAUUUGUUCGUGAAGCUAUCUAUUAUCUUCCUGAACGUCGCUUGCUGCAUGUUUCUGGAAACUGGCAGAAGGUAACGACGGGGCUGAUGGUCUUUACAACAGCGUGGGGCAUCACGAGCAUCAUCGGCAAUGCUUUGCAAUACUUGCCUCCGCGCUAUUUCUGGCCGAGAGAUAUCGACGGCCAUUGUCCCGAUGAUCAAGAGGCCUUUACAGUUGUAAUCGGGUCCCUUGCUCUCGCGGAAGAUGUGAUUCUUCUGAUUAUACCGAUCAUCGUCGUCUGGCAAUUGAAACUUGUGCGGGCAGAAAAGAUUCGAAUCACGAUACUCUUCUCAUUUGGCCGUCUGAGUAAAGUGUGUAUAUUUGGUAUCUUGCGGGUUUCAGAAUUGGUUAAUUAUCACGCCGAAAAUUUGACUGCCAGCGGCGCAUUUGAAGUUACCUGGGCGGUGCUUGAGAUCAAUUUAGGCAUACGGCGGUUGAGCCAGGGUAAGGCAUCUCUAUAUUCAGGGAGCUGA